GCACAGAGCAGAUUGCUCACUUGGGAGAGUGGAGGCGUCUGAAGCAACUAGACUUGUCAGGAGGGAGUCUGUCAUGGGAUUAUGCAGCAAGCAGACUCAGGCUGGGUGGAUAUACCCUACUACCCUCCUCUGCAUCUAUGGAUUUUUUACCUACAUGAGACCCUCUGAACCUUUCCUGACACCAUAUCUCACAGGAUCAGUACACAACCUCACAAUUGAACAGGUGACAAACUCUGUGUUCCCAGUAUGGACGUACAGCUACUUGGCGAUAUUAUUCCCAGUUUUUGUACUUACAGACUACGUAAGGUACAAACCUGUCAUUAUCCUACAAGGCCUGAGUUACAUAAUCUCUUGGGUCUUGUUACUGUUUGCCCGUGGAGUGCCAGCGAUGCAAGGCCUUGAGUUUUGCUAUGGUAUGGUGACUGCCACAGAGGUGGCCUAUUUUUCCUACAUCUACAGUGUGGUGGACACAGAACAUUACCAGAAGGUCACUAGUUACUGUCGGAGUAUAACCCUUGUGGGUUUCACAGUUGCCUCUGUGUUGGGCCAACUUCUAGUCUCUUUGGCUGGAGUUUCCUAUUUUUACCUUAAUGUCAUUAGUUUGGUGUCAGUGUCACUUGCUUUUCUGUGCUCUUUGGUGCUCCCAAUGCCAAAAAGAAGCAUGUUUUUCCACCAGAAAGAAACAGGAGAUGCAGCUGGGAAGAAAUCUAAAGAUUCAAAACCCACCAGUGAUAGCAUGGAAACACCACAAUGUACAGAACUACAAAACAACACAACUACAACAGAACCAGACACGGAAAAUAGGAAUAUUGAAACAAACUUUUGCAAAGUGUUGUGGUUACUAUGUAAAGACUUAAAAGAUUGCUACUCUUCAUCUCAGCUUAUUUACUGGUCUCUGUGGUGGGCGCUUGCAACAGCUGGAUACAACCAAGUGAUAAACUAUGUUCAGGUUUUGUGGGAACAUGUAGAACCUGCUCAGAACUCCACCGUAUAUAAUGGAGGUGUAGAGGCCGUGUCUACCUUUCUGGGUGCUCUGUCUUCGCUGUCUGUGGGUUAUGUGAAAGUGAAUUGGGAAUUGUCUGGAGAGCUAGCCCUGGCCAUCUUCUCAGCUGUCAAUGCCGGAGCGCUUUUCCUUAUGGAUUAUAGCACCAACAUCUGGAUGUGCUAUGCUGGUUACCUGAUAUUCAAAUCCUCCUACAUGCUUCUGAUCACUAUUGCCACGUUCCAGAUUGCUGUAAACUUGACCAUGGAACGCUAUGCACUCAUGUUUGGCAUGAAUACUUUUGUUGCGCUGGCUCUUCAGACCAUCUUGACCAUCAUUGUAGUAGACGGCAGAGGCCUUGGCCUAGACAUUGUCACUCAGUUUCUGGUUUAUGGAAGUUACUUUGUGGUCAUUUCGGGAGUAUUUUUUGUGAGGAGCCUGUAUAUUAUAGUAACGGUGCGGUGCAAGGGACCCAAGAACAGCCAGGACACAAGAGCCAAAGAGGAGACCCAGCUGUAGUGGCAACGCGAAUAGCUUGUAAAUAGCCUAUGAAGAACUAACCCAGAGACAGGAGAAUUACGACAGAAGUGUACAUAUCUUCAGACUGCUUCAGUUGCUAUAAUCUCCUGGAAACUGCAAUUGUAAAAUUUCUGUCCAGAUGCCAUUAAGAUCGAGUCUCAUGCUCCUUCUUGGUGUUUUCAUUUAUUUUAUUUUGUAUCUUUUAUAUAACACAGGGAAUGCAAUGAGAAGUGUAAGGCUUUCACUUAGAGCUAGUUUAGCAGUAAAAGCCAAACACUGCUGCAGUGAAGAGAUCGCACUAAUGGAAUACUUGAUGUAAAAGGCCAGUAGGUGAAUCAGACUUUUUCAUCCAUUACUCAAAUAUGAGGUUUGGGUGGAAUGACCCUUUAAAUUUUAUGUAAAAAUGAACAUUCUAAUUUUCUCCAUUUUGGUCUGCUAACUAUACCAUUUAAAGCGGGGGGGUUCACCCAAAAAAAAAAAAAAAAAUUAACAUUACAUUCAGCCGAAUUUAUUUUUUUGGGUGAACCUCUGCUUUAAGUGUUAUAUUUGUCUGCAAAGUCCAAAAUUACCUGCUGAUUUUUGCCAGGAACCUUGUGAGUUAAAAACUAGAUUGUCUGUGCACAAGGAUGGUUUCAUGAAGAUGUGGACAACACCAUGUGCUUAGAAAGGCAGAGCCGUGUUGUCAUGUCAGAGAGUACUAGGAACAUACUUGAUUUCUGGAUCAACAACAGUAAUAUUUCUAUAUACAUGCAGCAUGUUUAAGGAGAUUAUUAAAACAUAGGGGGGAAAAUUGCAUGUAUUUUAGAAAUGUACUAAAUUGCCUUGAUAUACAUUUUAAGUAUCGUAGAUUGGACAACAUAAUGCAAUAGACUAACUUUAUGCAAAGAAGAAUUCUGGAUAACAGUGGUGUCAAAUAUACUACAUGUAUAACUUGCCAAAAUGUGUUCUUGUUUUUACAGUUUACAGAUAUAUGCUACCCUAUGUUGUGGUGGCUUACUAUUUUUAUACAUGACUAAAUGUUUGGUUUACUACAGUGAUAUACAUAGGAUGUCACAAAACCUUGACAUACUGUAUGUUUAUAUUCUUAUUAAAGUUUAGACCUACCAUUAAACUUGA